AUGACCUCGGACCAUCGCCCCUCAGCUCGUGCAGCGGACGUCUCCAACCCCUUUGUCACAAAGACCGUGACGGCCUCACCCUCCAAGCUCCGCUCAGGCGAAUAUGACAGUCUCGCUGGUCUCCGCGAGGGAAUGUCCCGCUUAAAUGUCGUUGACCACAGCGGCGAGUUUGCCAUGCCCGAAAAGGCAAAGGACAAUAAGAGUAGCCGAGACCUGGACCGCUUCGUGCCAUCACGCCCAUCUUCUCUGCACCACUCCUCCCUCUCAUCUACCACCCUCUCUGCCGAGGACAUUUCCACCGACACGUCGUUUGCCGACAAGUCGACCUCGUCAGCCCUCUCCGCUUCCAUGGGCCUGCCCCAGCCCAACCGCCGCAUCCUCUCGUUCCGUGCAGCUCCACCACCGGCAUCUCAUGCUACCUCCCACCUCGACGCUCAGCGCAACUACCUUCUCCACUCGUCGGCGUCGACCAAUCGUGGUACGACCACCACCGGACCCGGUGCCGCUACCAAGAAGCGUUCCCCGCCGUACCUGCCUGAGCGCGUGCUCGACGCCCCCGGGUUUGUGGACGACUACUACCUCAGCCUCGUCGACUGGAGCAGCUCGAACCGUGUUGCUAUUGGUCUUGGGUCUGUUCCCUACGUCUGGGAUGCGGAGACGGGUAACGUCAUGGCCCUUGGCGAGGAAACUGAGGAAUCCUCGACCGUCUGUUCCGUCUCGUGGUCAAGCGACGGGGCGUACCUUGCCGUCGGUAAUGAGAAUGGUGAGGUGGAGAUUUGGGAUGUGGAGGAGAGCAAGCGGAUGCGUGUGAUGGCGGGCCACAACGCCCGUGUUCCCACUCUCUCGUGGUUUGGCCACAUUCUGUCCUCUGGAUGCCGUGACGGUUCAAUCUUCCACCACGACGUCCGUGUCGCCCAGCACAAGGUUAUGGAGUUGCGCGGGCACGCUGCCGAAGUGUGUGGUCUCAAGUGGCGUCCCGACGGUCAACUGCUGGCCAGUGGAGGUAACGACAAUGUCGUCAACUGCUGGGACUCUCGUGUUGGCCAGUCGGUCCUCAAUGCCGACGGGCAGACUCGCGUGGUGCCCAAGUGGACCAAGCGCAACCACACGGCUGCUGUCAAGGCCCUUGCGUGGUGCCCUUGGCAGACCAACCUCCUUGCCACCGGUGGUGGUAGCCAGGACCAGCACAUCCACUUCUGGUCUACCACGACCGGCGCACGCACCUCGUCCCUUGCCGCUGGCUCGCAAGUCACCUCGCUCAUCUGGUCCCCGCACUCCAAGGAGCUGCUCUCCACCCACGGCUUCCCCGACCACAACAUUUCGCUUUGGAGCUACCCUUCCUUGCAAAAGAUCUACGAUGUCCCCGCGCACGACAACCGUGUUCUCGCAUCGGCUCUGUCCCCCGACGGCUGUACGGUGGCUACCGGAGCUGGUGACGAAAACCUCAAGUUUUGGAAGAUUUGGGAGCCAAAGACCGUCAAGAAGACUGUCGACGACAGCGACCGCGAUGCCCGUGGCCAAAGCCGUGGCCGUAUUCGCUAA